AUGGCUAGUCGCGGAGAUCGCUGGGAUCGCCUCGGUGGCGAGAGAGACAGGGUUCAUUCGAGAGAGCGUUUCGUCGAGGAGGAUCGACUUUUCAUGGCUGGCGGACGAGGCCCCCGAGAGCAGUCCGCCGACCGAUUUGACCGGCUGUACGGAAGGACAUCUUACGAAGACGAUCUUGUCCGUGACCGCCGAUUCUACGAAGAUGACCGCUUCAGUCGCCGGCCCGAGCCGCCUCGCGGAGAGCGCAUCGUAUUGGAGAAAGAGCGCGAUCGCGAAUACUACCGUGACACUUCCCCGCGACGCCCGACUAUGGUACGCCGUCAGUCAUCACUCGACACUUAUGACCGUCGCCCACUCCCCAAAUUCUUUGACCAACGCGAAGAGUUGCCGCCACCGGCCAGGCGCGAGGAUAUUCGCCGAGAAGAGUACCGCGAGGAAUACCGGGCCCCGUCAUACACACCUAUUCCGCUGCCCAAGGCUCGAGGCCUGCCACCGGCUCGGCGAUACGAUGAGCGCUUUUACGAGGACAUCCACGUUGAACAUGAUCGCCUCGAAGACGGCAUCCCGCGUUAUCCCGAGCGCAUUGUUGAGCGAGAGAUUAUCCGCGAGAAGGAGAAGGAAAAGGAAAAGGAAAAGCGAAGCAGGAGCCGAGACUCUCGUUCCACCAAGAAGAGCCACCGAGGCAGAUCGCGAGCAUCCAAGUCUUCGACCCGGUCUUCCAGCAGCAGCAGCAGCAGCAGUAGCAGCAGCAGCGGUGGCACCACGCUUAAGAGCGCCAAGAGCGAGUACCCGAAGAAGGGCAAGACGAGAAUUCCCGCCAGACUUGUGUCUAAGCGUGCUUUGAUUGAUAUUGGAUAUCCCUUUAUCGAAGAGGGCAAUGUCGUUGUUGUUCAAAAGGCCCUGGGACAGGCCAACAUUGAUCAUUUACUCAAGCUCAGUGAGGAGUACAAACAAAGCGAACUUGAAAUUUCUGCGGCUCGAUCCUCAGCCGGUGAAAUUGUUCGAGAGCGCAGAGAAGAGCUCAUCAUCGAUACCCCAGUUCAUCUUCGAGAGCGCCGAGAAGAGGUCAUCAUCGAAACCCCAGCUCAUCAUCAUCACCCCCCUCAACCUCACGCUUAUCCUGUCCCUACUUCACAGGCCAUCGUCAUCCCCGCUCCCCCUCCACCGGCCCCCGUCAUCAUCGAGGCUACUCCCCGCGAUGUCGAGCUGAUCGACAAGACGGUGUAUCGUGAUAUGUCACCAACGGUGAGCAGCAGAAGCCGCUCGCGCUCUCACUCACAUCACCACCACCACCAUAGCAGCAGCAGCGAGUAUCAGCUGGUGGAGCGCCAUCGAUCAAAAUCACGAAGCGGCAGAGAACUCCGUGCCGAGAUCCGAGCCCUGGAGAAGGAGCUGUCACACGGACGAAGGCGUGAAGUUAGCGACAAGGAGAUUGUCCGGACCGAGAGACUUCCCAACGGCGAGCUCAUCGUAUACGAGGAGCAGGUGGAGAGGUUUGCGUCUCACAAGCCGGCGCGUAUUGAGAAGGACAAGAAAGGUAGGAUGUCCAUCAGCGUCCCAAAAUACCGAUGA